GUUAUAGCUGUGACGCAGAUGUCUCGGUCUGAGACUAGAUAAACGUUUUGUCCCUUUUAGCUAAUGCGCCUUUAACUUAGAAAAUACAUAAUACUCUUUGUGCUUUUUACUUUUCUGGAUUCUUCAUCAUCCCGAAUCUAACAAUUUAUCUUUAACCACCUAAACAUCCCCUAACGUUUGUCACUUUUAACCUUGCCUUAGGUACCUAGGUAGGCUUACACUUUCAACAUGAGCGGGGAGACACAGCAAGAUUUCGGCGGCAACGUAACGCACGGUGGCGCAUAUCCCGCUGGUGGUGGCAUUCCUCGCUCUGACGACGAUGACUUCCGCGGAGCGGCUGAGCACGCGAGCCGACAUGCGGGGAGCUCCGGCGACACCAGCCUCUUCUCCGGCUUACUAGGUGCCCUCACCCAGAAGAAGCAGGCCCUUGCGGAAGAAGAUGUAGACGAGGAUGACGCUGUGAAGCAGCACAAGCGCUUUUUCGAGCGCGACGAUGAUAAUGAUAACGAGGCAGACGAUAAGAGCUUAGGUUCCGCCGCUGCCAUGCAAGCUCUUAAGCUGUUUACCAGUGGUCAGAGCGGGAGCGCCAAUGAGAGUAGCAGCCAGAGUGCUUUCGUAGGUCUGGCCAUGGCUGAAGCUAGCAAGCUCUUCGACCAGAAGGCUUCUCAGGGCAAGGUCUCCAGUGAUAGUAGCAAGGAGUCCGCCGUGAUGAAAGCUGGCGAGAUGGCCCUAAAGAUGUACCUGAAGAGCCAAGGCGGCGGCAAAACGCAGUCCUCGGGAUCAGGCAUCCUCGGUCUAGCAUCCAAGUUCCUCGCAUAAAGGUCCCGCAAGGUCCCGUCCCGCGAGGCUUCCUACAACGGGACGGUCGCAUUGCUAGCCCGCACAUUUGAGGGAUAUUUCGUAUCAUCAUGUCACGAGAGAAAGUGCAGCCUAUACUGGUAGUAUCUAGUUGAACUGCGGUUCUGCAAAAAAUCUAAACCAAAUUCCACAUAGGGUUGACUUCCUAAGAGCGCCGAUCAUUGACU